AUGAUGGCUAAUGAUGAACGAAAAUUAGCUACAUCUGCAUUGAUACCAUUAGAGAUUGAUCCUACGAGUAUAUUGAGUUUAUCAAAAGGUGUCAUAUUUGAUACAAUUGUUCAUAAUAUUGAAUAUACAUUCAACAAUCGACGUACAGAUCCUUUACCAUGGAAACUUGUCGGAAUGUCUCUCAUAUGUGAUCCAAGUCGAAAUAAAAAAUAUACGCAAAAACUUCAAAAAAUGCAGUGUGUUCGAUCAGUUAUAUGUACACAAAUAUAUCAUUCAAAACUUGUAAAAACAGAAUCCGGUGCAUUAACAACACCGGGCCGAAAACUUAUCAUUCCAACUUCUCCACGUAAACGCUUGACAGGUAUUAUUAUCUGUCGAUCAAUCGAUGAAUUAUUAUAUAUGGAAUCUUCCAACACAGAUAAUGUUCAUUUUAUACAAUAUAAAUUAUUAUCAUAUGAACGUAUAGCAACACGUGAACUUGUAAAUGGACCAAAGUUACCAUCAAUUGGAGAUAAAAUUAUUAAAACUGUUUUUGAUUUUGAACUAACUCAAAAUAAUGGUUUUCCACGACAACUAUUACCUCUUGCAAUAAUAUCAUUUACAAGACAAGAAGGUUGUGAUUUAUGUUCAUCAAUUCGAAAUUUUCUUAAAUUAGAUGAACAUAAAAUAUUCGAUAAAUCAUAUCUUGUAACGACUACAAAUGCUGAAUUAGAUCGUUUACGUGAAGAGCAAGAAAGAAAAGAAGAUGCUGAAGCUGAACAAGAAUUACCGUGGGAAAAAAUGCAACCACGACAACCACUUGCUGAUUUAUCGAAAAAGAGCACCGACACUGGAAAUGCUCAACCAUCACCUAUAUCACAAAUAUAUCCACGUGUACCUCCUUUGAAAAUAAAGAUUCCUCGUCCAUCACUUGAUUCAAAAUUUCAAUGUUUACUUAAAUUGGAUAGAAUUGAUUUAUCUUUAUAUGAUAUUAGUAAUUUAAAAACUAUAUUGCAAACAAAAAAUAAAAAAUCAAAUGAAUCAUCAAUAUCAUCAGAUGUAAUCAAUAAUAAAACAAAAUCAUUUACUAUUAGUAAACCACAUGAACAUCAUAAACCAUUGAAACGUUUAAAUACUUCAGAAUCAAAAAAACAAUUAAAUCAUUCUUCAGAAGUUUUCAAAGAAAAAUCUAAUGAUAAAUCAAUAUCUACUCGUUCAUCAACAAAUAAUCUAACUUCAUCAUUGACUAAAAAUAAAAUAGAUAGAAGUUCAUCAUCUACUUCGUCAAUGUCAUCAAUGUAUAUUCCAAAACGGACAGUUGAAAAACAUAUAAUCAAAAAGAAAGUGAAACGACCUAUUUUACCACCUGAAUAUCAUUGUUCAAUAUCAUUGUCACGAAUUGAUUUAUCCAUGUACAAUCUUGAUUUACCUGCUAUUGAUACUUCUACUAGUAAUACUUCUAUGGUUAUGAAAUCGACAGUGACAACAUCAUCAUCUGACUCAACAUUAUCCGAACAGCAAGAACAAUCUGUAAAUGUACCAGUCGAACAAGAAAGUAUUCAAGAUUAUAAAUUUGAUGCCUUGAUUUCAGAUACUCUUCAACCGAUGUUUAUGACAGAACAAAAAAAAAUUGAUGAAUCCGAACAAGAAAUAAUAUCCACUGUUGAACAAUUUAAUAAUAUAGAUACAAAUGAAAUUUUACAACCUAUGAUGAAUGAAUUUCUAAUACCGUAUAUCAAUCAAGCUUUACAAAAUACUACUAAUACCGUUCUACCAUCAUCUACAGCCGAAGUUCUACAAGAAACUACCGAUAAAUCUAUGUUAUCUAUAAUCGAAGCAAUUUCAUCAUCAUCUACAACCGAAGAUCUACCACCAGCUUCUGAUGAAUCUAUGCUACCGAUAAUUGAAGCAAUUUCACCAAUAUCUACAAACGAAGAUCUACCACCAGCUUCUGAUGAAUCUAUGCUACCGAUAAUCGAAGAAAUUUCACCGAUAUCUACCAAUGAAGAUCCACCACAAACUACUAAUGAAUCUAUGUUACCUAUAAUCGAAGAAGUUACACCAGUAUCUACAAAUGAAUAUCUACCACAAACUACGAAUGAACUUUUAUCAAAUGUUAUCAAUACAACUUCAUCAGAAUCUAUGGACGCUACUAAUGAAGUUCACGUACCGACUAAAAAUGAUGUUGUACCAACCGUUCAAAAUGAAGAAAAUAUUCAACCGAUAUCACCUUCUCCAUGUAUUACUUAUUCUCCAGAAUUACCACCACUUGAUGAUGAUCCAGUAGUAUUUUCAGUCGAAAGUUUACCGAUUCCUGUAAUGGAUAAUUCAGAUAUAGUUUCGCAAGAUUGUAUCAUUAUUGUACCAUGUUCAGAUGACGAAGACGAUUUUGACGAUGAAGAAAUAAAUAAAAAUAAUACAGAUAAUCGAAUUCUUGAAUCUUCAUCUUCACCAUCUAAAACAAAUAUUUCUCCUGUCAUAUCUAAUCCAUCAUUAAAACGAGUUCUAACAAAUACAGGUUCUUUAAAUUCUCAUCGUUCAUCAACAUCAUCAUGUUCAUCAAUAUCUACAUCUAUUCUUCAUACUCACAGUCCUCGAUUACCACUUCAUUUAAUUGAAAUUAUUAUACCACAAAAAAUUUUAAAUAAAAAACAACAUAGAUCAAAUCAAACAAUAAAUUUUAAUCGAUUUAAUUUACAUAUACCAUUAUUUGUACAUGAACCAUUAAUUGAUCCUCGUUUAAUGUAUCGUUUACAAGCUUUAACAACAGAUCUUCGUUGGCCUAGUCCUUGUAAUCAAUGUUCAAUAUCAACUCAGCUAUCACCAUUAUGUCAUUCUUCAACACAAAUGAUAUCAUGUGAACAAAAAUGUGUAUCUGAAUUUAUUGAUCCACGUCGUGAAUCAUUAAAACAAGCUAUAUUAAAUAUAAUAUAUCAACGUUUAAAAAUAUUAAUGCCACAUUUAUUCAUAAUAAAUAUGAAUCAAAUUCAAACACUUUUAUUUGAACAAACUAUAUUUAAAACCAAUUGUUCAAUACAUCUUGAAUAUCUUUUACAUAAAAUAAAAAUAAUUGAUGAUAUGAAUUUUUUUCAUAUGAUUAAAAGUUAUGAUGAAUUUCAAUUAUCAUCUUCUCUCUUACAACUUAUUUUUACUUAA